ACAUUAUAAAUUUAUCUUUUUUUAAAAAAAAAACAAAAACAAAAACAUAGAGAACUCAAUUUAUGGAUACUAUAUCCCAAUUUCCCAUUUAUGAAUCUGUAUUUAUUUGUUAAAGAAAGAAAAAGGAAUUAGUUAAUUUAUUUAUGUAUUGUGAUAAUGAGGAGGAUUGUGUCCACACAACACUGACGUCAAAGUCAAUUUCCUUCCACCAAUUAAAAAUGGACGACGCCGGAGUCCCCUGGUCGGAACUCCCCCCGGAGAUCUGGCCAGCUGUUGGAAAACACCUCCACAACUACAUCGACGUCCUCCGAUUUCGCAGUGUUUGCCGCUCAUGGCGCUCCUCUCUUCCUCCUUUCUCCCAAACAUCUCCUCCUCUUCCUCUCCCAUUUCCUUCUCCAUACAUCUCUCCCACUCUCCCCCUCCAUGCCUUCCUCUCCCAAACCACCCUCUAUCGUCUCGGUCCUCUCAACCACCAACCAACCCCUAACCUUUCCUCUUCCUCUUCUCCUACUCCCCCCAACGGCCGUCUAGUGAAGGUCGAGAAAUCCGAACUAGGUAAGAUGCGCUUUCUUCAUCCUCUGUCCAAGAAAAUAAUCCCACGCAACUUGGAAGAUCCUUCCGAAGGACACAACGAAUUCAACUUACUACAUCUUCGAAUCCACGAAUUGGCCGUCUCUUAUUCGCUCAAGUACACCGAUACCACUUGUGUUCCUGGAAUCUCUAAGAUCGUUCUAUUCCCAAAUUCCUCUGGAUCAGACGUUAAAGAUUGUACCAUAAUCGCAGUGUUUGAGGGUGGGAAGUUAGGGUUUGCCAGAUCUGGCGAUGAGAAAUGGACUCUAAUCGAUGAACAAAAUUUCCACUACGACGAUGUAAUUGUCUACAAUCAACAGUACUACACAGUGGAUAGAUGGGGAACGGUUUUCUGGAUCGAUUUAUCAAUGCGAUUAGUACAAUUUUCUCCUCCUCUGAUCGGUCUCGGCCACCAGAAACACCUAGUGGAAUGCGGCGGCGAACUUCUCGUAAUCGAUCGGUUCCUCAACAAAGAGCGUCAUUUUCAACCCGUAAUCGCCGCCGUGGAGGACGCGGAAGUACAACAACAACAACAACCUUUCAUUAUUCCAGUUCGACAUACGCCAUACAAUUCAUUACCAAAAGCAGUUGAUUUCAAAGCUUAUAAGCUGGAUCAAGAGUGGGGGACAUGGGUGGAGCUGAAGAAUUUGAGAAAUCAAUCGAUUAUUCUGGGGAACGAUUGUUGCUUUUCAAUCGAAGCAUCGGAGUUUGAAGGAUGCAAAAAGAAUUGCGUUUAUUACACGGAUGUGAGAGAGGAUGAAUUUUGUAAAAGAAGUACGAGUCGUGUGUUUGAUGUUGAAGGAAAAAGGUUCGGAAACAUAUUGGGACAUCCUGGACGGAUGAUCGAGAUCUUCAAUUCGCCGCCGAUAUGGCUCUCGCAAUCGAUUCCUCCGUUGAAGGAUAUCUUGUUUAGUUCUCCACAUCGCCAUGAAAAUUAGGCACUAAGAAAUUGGGUAUUAUUUCUGAUGGUGAGUUCAUAAAAUUUGCUCGAUCUAUAUCUAACUGUGUUGUUAGCUUUGAAUUAUUAUUUUUUGUUUCAUAGAAUCUCAUUUGAUAAAAAUAUAAAAAGAUGGUAGCAUAUGUUGUAUAUAUUCAGUGUAUAUUAUGGAUGUAAAAGGGUUUAGGUUAUUUAACUUAGACUUACUUUUUAUGGAUUAACAACCCUAAUAAAAAAGUUGACGUGGAACAUAA